GGCUCUUUUUGCUCCAAGGAAAAAUGGUUCCGGUCGCAAACAGAGCAGCGUCACGUGGGGACGGAGGCGGGAAGCGUGCUUUUCGGCAAGGCCUCUCUGUUUAUUCCCUGCUCUGCGGAGCGGUAAUGGAAAAGUUUGCAAGCCCAGGCAAAGGCAACGGCCUGCGCCUUUUGAAGGCGGUGAAACCGGGGGAGUUGCUGUACUGCGCGGCUCCCUUCGCUUACAUCGUCAGCAAGAAGCGCCUGGGAGGCUCGUGCGAGCAUUGUCUGCGCAGGAAGCAGCAGCUACUUAGGUGUUCUCAGUGCAAAGUUGCAAGAUACUGUGAUGCACACUGUCAGAAAGAAGCCUGGCUGGACCACAAACGGGAAUGCAAAUGUCUUAAGCGUAUUGACCCUAAUUUUCCUCCUGACUCAGUGAGGCUUGUUGGAAGGAUCAUUUUCAAAGUAUUAAGGCAAUCAGCAUGCCCAUCGGAAGAGCUGUAUUCUCUUUCUGAUCUUCAGUCAAAUGUUGAUCAGUUAAGUGAAGACAUGACAGAAGGCCUCAGGCACCUUGCUAGGACACUGCAGUUGUAUUUGAAGGUGGAAAUCCAAGAUGUUUCUCAGCUUUUCCCGGCCUUAGAUGUUUUUCAGAUCUUUGCAAAAGUGACCUGUAACUGUUUCAGCAUAAGCAAUGGAGAAAUGCAGGAUGUUGGUGUUGGACUUUAUCCCAGCAUGUCCUUGUUGAACAACAGUUGUGAUCCUAAUUGUGUGGUCAUCUUUGAGGGUCCCCAACUCCACCUUCGGUCCAUCCGGGAAAUUCAGUUGGGAGAAGAGCUCACUAUCAGCUACACUGAGACUGUAAUGCCCACUCCUGAACGUCGGCAGAAUCUGAAGCGCCAGUAUUGUUUCGAGUGUGACUGCUUCACGUGCCGUAUGCAGAGCAAGGAUGCUGACAUGUUGGCAGGUGAUGAGCAAGCUUGGAAAGAAGCCAAAGAAGUUAUAAAUGCAGUAGGAGCACCAAAGUCACGCGAAGAGUGGGAGCAAGUUCUGUCAUCCUGCCAAACAUUACUGAAGAGCAACACUUCUCGUCUCCCAGACACCAACAUCUAUCAGCUAAAAUUACUUGACCUCGCCAUGGAUGCCUGCAUAAACCUUGGCCUUUUUGAGGAAGCUUUACAUUAUGGUAACAGAACUUUGGAACCCUACAGGUUUUAUUAUUCCGGCUUCCAUCCUUUGAGGGCUAUCCAGAUGAUGAGAGUGGCCAAGUUGCAGCACAGCCAGGACAUGUCCUCCCAGGCCCUUGAAACCCUGAAACAGGCCUAUGAUAUUAUGAAAGUGACUCAUGGGACAGAGCACAGCCUCGUGCAGGACUUGCUGAUGCUUAAAGAAGACUGUGAGGCUGGCAUGCCAUUAAAAUAAAGAUGACCUGCAAGACACAACCUAGCAGAAGGAGAACAGAGAGAAGACCCAAAAGAAAAUUUAUUACAUUUAUCUUCCUUGACCAGACUUGUGGCAAUAAAAUCACCAUAUAUAUUGAGUAGAUUUCCAUUGAUCUGAGUACUGCUGAGAAAAGUGGUCUAGUUGUUUUAUUGUGUAAUCUGUGCAUUAUUACUUCCACUAAUUCUCCAAGUGAAAUUUCUCAACAGUCAGUAAUUCCAGCAGAAACUGCUUCCUGCUGAGCAGUGGGUUGAAAAGACACCAGGAAAAUUCCAAGCUACAAUUUGUUUGUAAUUUCUUUAUAAUUGAAAACAUAGAAAAUGCUAACUUGCGUAAGUGCAUUAUGAGAUGGGUAUAAAUUAAAAUGCAUAUAUUCAAAUACCUUUUAA